AUGAAGUCUGAGGGAGCGUUCGUGCUGCCGCUCGAUGAGGGCUCUCACAAGAGAAGCCCGAAGCGAUCAUGGAGGAGAUUCCAUUUCCACAUGAUUCCCAUCCUCGCGCUGCUCGUCUUCUGGGUGACGUUUUCGAGGACGGAUCUCAAUGGGUUUCUCAACCACCUCCCGGGCGGGCUCCAGAGAGGCCUACACCAUCAUGUGGAUUUCAAAGCCGGAUGUGCACAGCCGGAGCCCCUGACCCCCAGCAAGGACGAGGCCCUCGAUAAGGCCUACGAACACCUCACCAGCAGCGACUUCCGCACCGCUGCGGUCAAGCAUCUCUCGGGCGCCGUGCAGGUCAAGACGGAGUCGUUUGACGACCUGGGCGAGGUUGGCGAGGAUGCGCGCUGGGAGGUGUUUUACAACUUCCACAAGUACCUGGCCGAGACGUUCCCCCGCCUGCACAAAGAGCUGCAGGUCGAGAAGGUCAACACGCAUGGUCUGCUGUUCACAUGGCAGGGGAGCGAUGCGUCGCUGAAGCCGACGCUGCUGAUGGCGCACCAGGACACAGUGCCUGUGCCGCCCGAGACAAUCGAGGCGUGGACACACCCGCCGUGGAGCGGACACUACGACGGCACGCACAUCUGGGGCCGCGGAUCCAACGACUGCAAGAACCAGCUCAUUGCUCUGCUGGAGACGCUGGACACCCUCCUUGACGCCGGCUUCCAGCCCAAGCGCACCAUCCUGCUCUCUUUUGGCUUCGACGAGGAGAUCUCAGGCUUCCACGGCGCUGCCAAGUUGUCCACAUUCAUCGAAGAGCGGUACGGCAAAGACGGCAUCGCGGUGAUCGUCGAUGAAGGCAGUGCAUUCGAAGAGACCUGGGGCACGCUCUUCGCCAAACCCGGGACGGCCGAAAAGGGGUACACCGACGUGCACAUCACGGUGCGCAAGCCCGGCGGCCACUCCUCAGUCCCGACAGACCACACCGGCAUCGGCAUCCUCAGCGAGCUCAUCACAGAGAUCGAAUCCGAGCAGUACCCGACCCGCCUAGCCCACGCCAACCCGUACUACACCCAACUCCAAUGCGGCGCCGCCUACUCCCCAGAGUUCCCAGACAAGCUCAAACACCUCCUCACCCACCGCCAGCAGCAGCUGCAAGACUUGGGGCACACCUGCUCAAAUCCCCGACGCGACAACCUCGCUCUGGAAGCCGCCAGGCUCGGCGGGCCACCGAUCAAAUACCUCAUGCAGACCUCCCAAGCCGUGGACGUCAUCAACGGCGGGAUCAAAGUUAACGCGCUGCCGGAACGCGUGACAGUCGUGAUCAACCACCGCAUCAACAUUGGCGAAACCACACAAAUCGUCAAAGACCGCCUCACCACCCUCGCUGCGGGCAUCGCAGACAAAUACGACCUGACCCUACACGCCUUCGACGGCAAGACCCACGAACCCUCCUCCAUCAUCCUCGAACAGCCGGAGGGCCUCCAUCUCGAAGUCGCGCCUAUCACCCCGUCCGAUACCAACACGGAGACUCCCUACUCCAUCCUAGCAGGUACCACGCGCGCGGUGUACGGUAAGGACGUGGUGGUGACCCCGGGGAUCAUGACGGGGAACACAGACACGCGGCAUUAUUGGGGGUUGACGAGGCAUAUUUUCCGGUUUUCGCCGGCGCAUGACCCGGAGAAUGAUGAGGCGUUGGAUCAUAUUCAUACGGUGGAUGAGCGGGUCAGUGUGACGGCGCAUGUGAAUAUGGUGAGGUGGUUUGUGGCGUUUGUGAGGAAUUUGGACGAGGCGGGGAUUUAG